GGGUCCCCGCGGCGAGGGCGGGCGCCAUGCCCCCUGGAUCCCCUGACCCGAUUGGGGCGGAGGGCACCGAACCGGGGCUGGACUCGGGCAUCCUGGGGGCGGGUUAGCCCCGGCAGCCAAGAAACCGCAAGAGGUUUGCGAGACGAGAGGCGCAGCGGGGCGGGGUGGGCAGUGCCGGACUCCAGCGGACCCCCUCCCACGCUCCCACUGCCCUGCCCUCCCAGGAACGGGGGCUCUAAGCCCAAGAUGCCAUCUUCCCCCAUCCUGGGCAUCUUUUCGCCGUUCUUUUCUGGCGAGGUCCCGACGGCCAGUAUUGUAGCUUCUAGGGCCAGCUCCCCUCUGGAGCCCGCAGAAGCUCUCGCCCCACAACCUUCCGUGAGGGGGACCCAGGGGGGGGCAGAGAGCUUUCCUUAGGAGAUCUGCUGCCCUAUCCCACUACACGCCCCCAGCCCGUUGGGUUGUUAUAAACUCGCCACCCUGAAGGGUUCGGUGGGAAAAAAGCUCCUCCCAGGCCCCACCGCGCUGAACGCAGGGUCCUCAUGCCCGUCUCUUUCCCGGUUCCCAUCCGAGCCAGGUGAAGCGCAGAGCUGAGACCAUGGUUCAACAGGUGCUCUACCGGGCGCUGGUCUCCACCAAGUGGCUGGCGGAGUCGGUCCGGGGUGGAAAGCUGGGGCCUGGUCUGCGGGUACUGGACGCGUCCUGGUACUCGCCUGGCACCCGGGAUGCCCGCAAGGAGUACCUAGAGUGCCAUGUGCCGGGCGCCUCCUUCUUUGAUAUAGAGGAGUGCAAGGACAAGUCGUCACCCUACGAAAUGAUGCUGCCUAGUGAGGCUGGCUUCUCCAACUACGUGGGCAGCCUGGGCAUCAGCAAUGACACACACGUGGUGGUGUAUGAUGGUGACAACCUGGGCAGCUUCUAUGCACCUCGGGUUUGGUGGAUGUUCCGGGUGUUUGGCCAUCGCACAGUGUCGGUGCUCAAUGGUGGCUUCCGAAACUGGCUGAAGGAGGGCCACCCAGUGACAUCUGAGCCCUCACACCCAGAGCCUGCAGUCUUCAAAGCCACACUUGACCGCUCCCUGCUCAAGACCUACGAGCAGGUGCUGGAGAACCUUGAAUCUAAGAGGUUCCAGCUGGUGGAUUCACGGUCCCAAGGGCGGUACCUGGGCACCGAGCCGGAGCCAGAUGCUGUAGGCCCCGUGCUUCCCUUGCCCGGCUUGCUCUCUGAAGGUCCAGAGUUGAAGAUUCGAGUUCCUUUGGCACCUUCUAGAGACUCCUGGUGUGGAACUCCUGCAUCCCCCUCAUGGCCUUGGUUCAAGAUGCCUUCUCUCCUUGGGACUUAAGCUGCCACUGGGGGAGGAUUGUGGACUUGUUCCUCUAGCUGCGGUCCAAACUGCCCCGAAGCUCUGAGAGUAAGUGCAGGGAGAGUUUAGAGAUGCCAGACCCAGCGUCCUCACUUCCAUUUUAGAGAUGAGGAGACUGAGGCUCAGGGAGGGGAACAGCCUGCUGCAUGCCCUGCCUCCUGCCCCGUGGCCCUACUCCCACCGCCUGCAGUUCCUAUCUGGAGCCCUGGGGAUCCUAGUUGAGGUCAGCGCCUCCUUUGAGGGGGGACCUCAGUCCAGGUGCCCAGCUUCUCUGGGUUCCUUUAUUAUGAAACGAGAAGAGUAACGUCAGCCCUACCCACCUGGGGGUGUAUCCAUUCAAGUGCAGCAGUGGCUGGAUGUUUGGAGAAGGGUGACGAACUGGGCAAAGGCAUGGAGGGUGUGGCGCUUCCUCCCUCGUUUUCUAAGAGGCUGUGCUGGCCCCUACAAGACCUAGGGACGCAGGCACACGAGGCUGUGCUGAA